AUGAGCUCGCCCACCGACUCGAACCACAGCAUGGACUCGAUCAAGCAGCACGCGCCCCCGCAGCCUUUCACCCCCGCCGAGGCAAGCAUCGUCGACUCGUACGGCUCCUGGGACGCCUUCUGCCGCGUGUACGGCCUCAAGCCGGCGAACCCGGACGAGGCGGUCGAGGCCUACUGCAUCGUCCGCCAGAUGGCGCGCUACGACUCUCCCGCGCCGAACAGCGACAAUGCCGCCUCCCCUUGA